AUGCUCGUAGGACAAGACAGGUCAGGAAAAACCAGCUUGAAAAAGUCUCUGAAAGGGGAGCGUUUUGAUCCACAAGAAGGGAGUACUGUUGGAAUAGAGGUGGACCCCUUGCAUUUUCAGGUUACAACAGAAAUGUGGAGGUCAGGAGAGAAUAAUCAAGGGGAAAACCCUUGUCAUGCCAUUUCUUAUGAACAUCAGACAGCAAAGUUUAUUCGUGACAAUUUAAAGGAAGAGUUACGCUCACAGGAGCCAACUUCUUUGCUUGGCGCAGAUAAACCCGCAGGAAACGGAACGCCAGAAAAGAAGAAUAGUGAAGAAGAGGAACAGCAGUUCCUUGAGAAUCCAGUUCCAGAAGUUCCUGAUAAAAUAGCCAAAUUGACCAAACGAUUGCUCGAUCUUGAGGUAAAGAAGGAAGUAGAAGAGAUCUUUUCAAUUCUGUGGGACUUUGGCGGACAAUCAGUGUAUUAUGCGACUCAUCCCAUAUUUCUCACUCCAAGAGCAAUCUACUUAUUGAUCUACGACAUGAGCCGAGAUCCCAAUGAGGUGAAAAGUUCUAUUGUUUCCAGACAGGGGAAUGAUUUCAGUGUACAGAGUCCUCUAAACAAUCUGGAGUUCUGGUUGUCAUCUAUCUCUCUUUUGGCUGUUGAGAACAAUGACAUUGAAAACCUGUCAACUAAACUUCCUACAGUGUUCUUGGUUUGUACUCAUGCCGACAAACCUUGUAAUGGUGGUGAUGCUAAAGUGCUAGCCAAACAGUUGCUGGAUUCUCUUCAGAAUAAACCGUUUAGUAAUCAUUUGUACGCCGACGUCUUUGCUGUGGAUAACACCAAGUCGGGCUCUGAACGUGAGUGCGAAGAGGUCGUGCGUCUGAGAACGGAAGUUUGCGCUGUUGCAGAGCAGCUGCUCCAGAGGAAGGAAGAAAUCCCAAUAAAGUGGCUGAAGUAUGAACAGACCCUUCAAGUCAUGCGUGAAGAGGGCUGCAAGUACCUUUUGCUUGAUAAAGCGAAACAGAUUGCUUGUGAAGUCUGCGAUAUCAGAGAUGACGAGUUUGUCACGUUAAUGAACUUCUUACACGACCAAAGAAUUCUGAUUCAUUUUGGUGAAACUCAAGCCUUAAACAAAAUGGUUGUUUUGGAUCCCCAGUGGUUGGUUGAUGUUUUCAAGAAGAUAAUUGCUGCAAAAACCCAUAUUCCUGAAGGGGGAAAGCUCGAAACUCUCUGGUCUGAGUUUGAGAGGACAGGAGUUCUUCAUAAAAGGGUUAUACAACACGCGUGGACCCCUUUUUUCAACCCUGAAGACACCUUUGAAAGCCUUCUCAAGAUCAUGGAAAAGUUUAGCUUGAUCUGUCCUUGGCCUGCAACGAGUUCCGAUGAGCAGUACCUAGUGCCAUCUAUGCUCAAGUCGUACCCAACUGAAGGCGUCCUCGAUUUGCUGUCAUCAGCAAGUCUUCCUUCUCUGUUUCUCAGAUUUGAUUCUGGCCACGUUCCCCAAGGAUUUUUCCCGAGGAUGCUGUUACAGUUUAUCCAGUGGUGCCAUGAAGAGUGGUCCAGCCAAAGACAGCCACAGAUGUUCAACAACUUUGCAAGAUUUUUCACAAGUCUUCGCGAUGGGCAAUCUGUGAUCCUUCUUUGUCAUUCCACUUCGAUUGAGAUCGCAGUUCACAGAAUGGCGCCAUCUGGCAACUCUAUGAAUGCGCAUGUGGAUCCGGAUCAUAAAGCAUCCGACGUUUCAGUAUGCCGAAAAGUGCGAAGGCAACUGGGACUGAUGCUUGAGUGCAUGCGGAAUGAGUUCCACUGGUUGAGGAAUGUCAGAUAUAAGAUGUAUGUGAGGUGCCCAGUCUGUUCUAAUAAGGGGGUAGUACGAUACUGUUGCAAUCAUGACAUGGAAGACUGUAAACGAGAACAUUGCCUCCACUUUUUGUCAGAGGAAGAGUUGCGUAGUUGUCAGCAUCCGUUUGUGUGCCUGAAUUCGGCAGUGGCUAAAGAUGUCAGAGUUGAUAUUAACAGCUUCCAGCCUUGGUUUGAAUUCCUAGAUAAACAGGUAACGUUGACUUUUAAUGUAUUGCGGGUUGGGAAAGAAACAUUGUUCCUUCGACCAAUCUGA